UCAACUUUAUUUUAAAUGUUCAUGUUUUAUUUUUAUUUAGAAUCAAUACAUUUGGCGUGAAAUUGACCCCAUACAACUGACUGUUUCCCCUUCCCAUAUAAGCUUUUUGGACGAGAAAAAAAAUACAAGAAUUUGAAAGACCGAAGUCGCAUUCCGUUCCAGCAGGUGGCGAUAGUGCAAAAUGUGUUUGCCGCUGUGCUCAAAGGAACGUCCUCCUUUGUUUAACGCAUACGGUGUCUACGCUAUGUUGUUGUAAAUGUACCUGUGAUUAUCCGCUAGCAAGCUGACACAACGUUUCUCCUCUAAAAAUGUCCAAAAUAGAGUUAUUGAGAGUGUUUCUCAGCCAGAGAUUGACAAUGGCAGCUGAGGAGAUAUUUGGCGUCGUUGAAGAAACGAUAGCAGGGUACCAGGAAGAGAACAGCCGUCUGCGUAGCAUGCUCGAUGUAGUUAUUAAACCAGAUAUACUAUUACACAGAAUAGAUAUCCAACAGCCCACUCACCCUGUAUCUGAACAGGAGGUUCUCCCUGAACAGCAACACUGUGAGCAGGAGUGGAGCCCCAGGCUGGGGCAGGAAGACCCACAUUACAUACAGAUAAAAGAGGAACCGGAGGAACUUGAGUCAUCUUUGAAAAAUGACUCCAACCACCAGGACCUGACUCAGUCCUCACUUCUUUAUGAAACCCAAAGUGAAGACUAUGAAGAGACGUACUGUCUUCCCAGCACCUCGACUGCACAGAGGAACUACUCUCUACACAGCACCUUAACUGCACAGAGGAACUACUCUCUACACAGCACCUUAACUGAACAGAGCAGCUACUCUCUAACCAGCACCUCCACUGAACAGAACAUGAUACAGAUCAAACCAGAACUUAAUGCAGAAGACAAUGGAGUAUCAGAACCAUCCCGUGAGUCUCAGCCCCUCUUUACAGAAGAUACAGAGUCUUCUGCAGCUCAGAGUAAAAACAUGAAAUGUGUCAAAGGGGUAGAGAGUAGACCUCUGUCAGGUUCAAAGCCACUGAAAUCAAAGAGAUCACAGACAGUAAGAAAACAAAGUGCCUAUAUCCACUGUAAAUUUUGUGGAAUGUAUUUCUCCUACUUAGCUUCUUUAGUGAAUCAUGCAAGAAAGCAUGCACAGGACAAAGAAUGUCUAUGUGGUGUGUGUGGAAUACACUUAGAGUCCACAGAAAGCAUGUUAGAUCAUCUAGAAACCCACGUUGGAGCUAGAGUUUGUCAUGUUUGUGGUACAUUUUUCCCUGGGAGUGCUGAGCUGAAUGAUCAUAUGAAGGUUCACCCAGGGGAGAAAUCGUUUCGCUGUCCUGAUUGUGGCAAGUGUUUCAGAAAAAAUCCAGAUCUCACAGCACACAAGAGGAUUCAUACAGGGGAGAGACCGUACCGCUGCCAGUUUUGUGGCAAAGGAUUCAGUCAGAGUGGAAACCUGGCUGUACAUAUGAAGAGCCACUCUGGGGAGAAACCGCAUUGCUGCCCUGUUUGUGGGAAAUGUUUCAGCAGUAAAUCUUAUAUGAACACACACAUGAAGAUUCACACAGGGGAGAGGCCAUUUUGCUGUCGUUUAUGCGGAAAAUGUUUCAUAAGAAACCCUGAUCUGACAGUCCACAUGAGGACUCAUACAGGGGUGAAACCAUAUAAGUGCCAGUAUUGUGGCCAAGGAUUCAAACAGAAUUAUCACCGGAAACUACACAUGAAGAUCCACAUGGGAAAACCCACAUCAUUGCCAUCUUUGUGACAUGUAUUUCAGCACUAGCACCCAGUCAACCUGGCAUGAGAUUUCACAUGGAAGAGAAGACUUCACUGCAGUGACUGGCAGAGGCUUUGCAUAGACUGGAUGUUUGGGAGGACAUUUAAUGACAAUGCACAGAAUACUUUAGUGUAGAAAAUACUGACUGUAGACCUUGUUUGUGAUACAUGUUUCACUCAGCCGCUUUAUUGAGGAAAGUUUUUACAUGCAGUGACUGUUAAUAUUUGGUUGUUUUACCUGUUUUGAAUGUACUGACUGUAAGUUGCUCUGGGUAAGAGUGUCAACUAAAUGACCCAAAUGUAAAUGCAAGAAAUUAAAUUGACACAGGAGAGAAACCGUGUCAUUGUUUUAUAAAAAGCAUACAUAAGCCAAUGAUUGCUGCUAAAUGCUUAAAAUGGAUGAACUCCCCUAGAAGAUAUGAGAAGAACAUUCACAAGAGGGAGAAAACAUAAUGACAACCCUGAAAAAAAAACUCAUGACACCGUGUAGAGUCUUUCAGACAAUACAAGAAGUGCAUUAAAACAUUUUAUUCCCUAAA